AUGAAAGCCCUCGUCUGGAACGGCACCCACGCCACCGUCACAACUUCUCACCCCAUCCCCAAGCUCCCACCAGACUACCUCCUCAUCCAAACCAUCGCCAUAGCCCUAAACCCCACAGACGCCAAAGCCAUUGCCCAGGGCCGUGCCUCUCCCGACAAUGGGUUACUAGGUAGCGAUUUCGCCGGAAUCGUUCGUGACGUCGGUCCGCUCGUACGCAAGCCCUGGAAACCCGGUGACCGCGUCUGCGGUGUUACGCACGGUGGGAAUAAUGCCAGGCCCGAGGAUGGCGCGUUUGCAGAGUAUAUUGUUGCAAAGGGGGAUACGUGUAUACGGAUUCCGGCGCAUAUGGGGUUUGAGGAGGCGGCCACAAUAGGUGUGAGUGCGAUUACCGAUGGACAGGGAAUGUUUCAGGCAAUGGGGCUUGAUUUGCCUGUAGUAGAGAAUCAGGUGCAGCAGAAAAAGGGAGAGUUUUUGUUGGUAUAUGGUGGGAGUUCGUCGACGGGGACGUUGGCGAUUCAGUUUGGCAAGCUAGCUGGGUAUACCGUUCUUACAACCUGUGACCCCAAGAAUUUUGACCUGGUCACCUCGCGCGGCGCCGAGAUGGCAUUCAACUACAAGGAUCCUACAUGCGGUCAACAGAUAUACGACUACACCCACGGCCAACUCAAACUCAUCUUCGACACAAUCGGCAACCCAUCCAGCAUCAGCAUCUGCGAAACGGCAUUCUCAAAGCAGCCAACAUGUCGAUACGGUACUUUGUUACUCAACGAUUUCUCGCCACAGCGCCGGCCCGAUGUGGUUUGUUCGAGUAGUGUGCUGAUGACUUUUCGUGGCGAGGCAUUUGAUCUCUUUGGUAGACAUUUCCCUGCAAGCAAAGAAGAUUUUGAGUUUGCGAGUAUGUUUGCGGGCAUUACGGAGCGUCUUUUGGAUGAGGGAUUGUUGGUGCCUCAUCCGGUGGUGUUGAAGAGUGGAGGGCUCGGGGGUGUGGUGGAUGGGUUGGAGUUGGUGAGGGAUGGAAAGGUGAGUGGAGGGAAGUUGGUGUAUCGCGUUGCUGAUACUGCCUAG